AUGCGAUCAAAAUAUUACAAGGAAGAAGAAAAUAAGGGUUUUAUAAAAACGCAUUAUUUUCGUAAAAUCGAUACCGAAAAGAUCGACAAGAAAUUAAUAAGCCUUGAGAAUAAUUUUAAUGGUGAUGAUGUAUAUUUAGACAUUGUAAUACAUGAUAAGGAACGAAAUAAUUUUGAUUUUUUCCUUAUGAGAAUAACAGAAAGUUCGAGUGUUAAUAAUAGUUUAGAUGCAUGGAAUCAUAUCGAUAUAACUAAUAUAUAUAAUUAUAUAUUAUACGAUAAUAAAUAUUGUAGUGAUAUAAUAAAUGAAAAGAAAGGAUAUUUAAUAUUGAAAUUAAAAUAUACGAAUGAAAAUAAUAUUAUUACUUCUUAUUUUAAAGUUCAUUGUAGAAAUACAAAAUGGGAAAAUGAUAAGAAAGUAUGGCAUAUACCUUUAUUUUAUAUAUUUGAAAUGUCUAAACUUACCUUGUUUUUAGGUGGUACAGUUAGUGAUACUGUACUUUAUUAUUUAUGUAAAUUAUUUCAUCAUUUUUCUAGUAUUAAAAAUGUAAAUAGCAAUGCUAAAAUGAAUGAAUUAUCUAAGGAUCAGCUUAUAAAAACGGAUGAAAUAUGUGACACUACCCAUAAGGAAAAAAAGAACAACGAUGAUGAUAAUACAGAAAAUUAUCACAACAAUAAUAAUAAUAAUAAUAAUCAAAACAACAACAACAAUAAUAAUAAUAAUAUUGCUGUUCAGGUUAAUUGCAGAAAACAAGAUAAAUUUUAUCCUAGUAAUAAUGAUGUAAUAAGAAAUUCAAGUCCAAAAGUUGUUUUCGGAAAUAAAAAUGAUAAUAAUUAUAAAAAUGUACUUCAUUAUGAUAAAAAUAUACCGCAUGGUGAUAAUACUAUGAAAGAUGAAGUGAACAUCCUAAAUCAUCAUGUACCUGUAAACCAUUUGCAUACACAACAAAAACAAGGUGAAGAUAGUUGUAUAGAGAAUAACAAGAUAAAUAAUUUACAGAAAAACAAAAAUGAAGAAAUAAAUGUUAUAGAAAAGGAUUUAACCUUAAAGGAUAACUGUGAUGUAUUAUACAAGGAGAAAAAAAUAAGAAAUGAUGAUGACAGGAAUUACAACACCGAUGAGGACACACAUUAUGAUAAUAAUGAUGAUACUUACUAUGAUGAUGAUAAUGAUGAUAGUUGUGAUAAUAAAAAUGAUGAUUGUGUUAAUAAAAAUGAUGAUUGUGUUAAUAAAAGUGACGAUUGUGUUAAUAAAAGUGCCGAUUGUGUUAAUAAAAGUGCCGAUUGUGUUAAUAAAAGUGACGAUUGUGUUAAUAAAAGUGACGAUUAUGUUAAUAAAGGUGACGAUUGUGUUAAUAAAAGUGACGAUUGUGUUAAUAAAAAUGAUCAUUGUGUUAAUAAAAAUGAUCAUUGUGAUGAUAAAAAUAAUAUAUGUGAUAAUAAAAAUGAUCAUUGUGAUAAUAUAAAUGAUGGUUAUACUAACCAAGAGAAUAAUGCUUCGAAAGACAGUAAUAAGAAUACAACAAAUGAAAUAACUUUCAACUUGGAUAUUUUUAUAAAGGAAAAUAAAUUAAAUUUUAUAGAAUAUAUUAAGAAUGUAAGAAUGUUCAGGAUUGAACACAUCAUUAUAAAUAAUAUUGUAAAAGGUGAUACCAUGUAUAUAAAGUUAAUACCGUAUAAUGAAGAUAUCGUCACAAAAAUAAAGCAAACAAAUUUUAUACAGUGGAAUAGAACGGAGAAUAUAUUAUUAAUAAAAAAAAGUAAUUUUAAAAAUUUUUAUAUAAAUAUAAUAAAAGGUUUUAAUUUUAAGUUAUGUUCUUAUUAUGAUUAUUUUAAAUUAUUUAGACAAAAAAUUAUGGAAAAUGAUUGUAAAUCGUUAAAAGGAAAUUUUAGUGUCACAACAAAUAUAACAUUAAAUACAGAAUAUUUAAGUACGAAAUUUAAUAAAAGAAAAAUGGAUUUUCAUAAUAAAGAAGAAGAAAUAACUGAUAAAGGAAAUGUUCGAAAACAUUCCAAAAAAAAAAAAAAAAAUAUAAAUGGGCUUGGUUAUGAGAGUACAGAUUCAUGUAAUUCAGAUGAAUUAUCGAAUAAUGUGGAUUCAAGUUAUUAUGAAGGUAGAGAAUUAGUAAAUAAAAUAAAAUUAGUUGGUGCUGCAAAUAAUUAUUAUAAAGAAGUUAUAUAUAAUAAAUUACAUAAAAUAAAACAUUUACGUCCACCUAAUUAUACAUAUGACCCUAAAGGAUUAAUUACGAAAAAUGGAGCAGGUACCAAAGGUAUUGAAAUUUUUGAUAUGCCUAGUGAUAUUAAUGAAUGGAAUAAAAUAAGUUUUUGUAUUGUACCUAAUGAGAAAAAGGAUAUAGAUUUAUAUGAUCCAAAAAUUUUAUGUAGUUUAGUUAGUGAUGUUUAUUUACUUAAAGAAAAAGCAUUAGAUAUAAUAUUAAAAAAUUAUAAAAAAUGGCCUGAAUAUACUGAUGUGUUUUGGAAUACGGUAUGCUCCGAAAAUGAAUUUAUUGUAUGUAAUAAAAACUUUAAUACAAGACAAAAAUUAGCUCAUGAUAGAUUAUUUAAUAAACAAUACUUUUAUAUUUUUAAUAUGGAAAGUAUUAAACAUUCAAAUUAUUAUAAUCCAUUAUUUCUAUGUAAAGUUUUAAUUACCUUAGGUGAAGGAAUCCUUGUUCAACAUCCAUAUGAUGCAGAGUAUAUCAUUAUCACAAAUUCUAAUGAUUUUAAUGCUAUACAAUUCUAUAAUUAUCUUCAUGAAAAAAAAAAAAAAAAAAAAAAAUUACCCUUAUUUGUAACUCCAAAGUUUAUAUAUGAUUGUAUUUUAAACUAUUCUAUUUCUUAUCCUUCAAAAAAUAAAAACCACUUUGCCUUCUCCUCCUAA